UUUUCAGCUGGUUUUUUUGGGCCGUUUUUCAGGCCCUUUUCAGGCCAUUUUCCAGGCUGUUAUUUGGGCCAUUUUCAGGGCAUUUUGGGGGCAUUUUUCGGGCCAUUCUCCAGGCUGUUUUUUUGGGCCGUUUUAACAUUAACAUUAUCUUGCAAGUCUGAAGGAACACAUCAUAAUUGUGGAGCCAGCUCUAUCUUGGCAGAAUUGUAUUACAAUAAUGUGAAAAACAGAAGUUUGAUCAAUGAAGACUAAAAGAAGAACUGGAAUCUGGUGCUGAGAAAAAAUAGCACCAUGGACGCAGAGGAAAGUUCCUUGUCUUUCCGCUUGCUUGAUAUAGCGGAAUACAAUUUAGAAGAAAAAGUACUAUUCAUCUCUCUUCCGAUCUGCAUUGUGGGAUUCCUAGGAAAUUCGGUUAUUUUAUGGUUCCUCUGCUGCAGGCUCAGGAUUAAAUUAAACCUGUAUUUUGUGUGUGUGGCAGCUGCUAAUAACAUGUUAACCUUCAGCAUCAUUGCUGAGUAUAUUAUGUUUUUUAGACCACUGAUCUUCAAUUUAAUGUUUCACCGGGUAUUGCAUGUUUUGCAUUUAUGCAGUCAUCAAGUCAGCUUUUAUAUCUUUGCAGUUAUCACUGCCGAAAGAUGGUGCAUUCAUUUUUUCCCUGUUUGGUAUAAACAAUUUCGGCCCAUGAAUUUCUCAGCCAUUAUGUCCUUUUCUUUGUGGGGGUUCACCUCUCUGGUAUCAAUUGUGACCCACUUUCUUUGCUCUCCAAUAGCGGAAGUACACUUCAAGGAUAUUGAGAAGUGUACAAUUUCAACCAUACUACUAAUCAUCACUCAAUUAAUUUUUAUUCCAAGUAUAAUGUUUUUUUCUUUGGGCAUAUGGAUUAGAAUUCACAUGAAAGAGGAAGUUCCCCCAUUGAGACUUGAUAUCACCAUUGUAGCCAUAGUUCUUCUCUAUCUGAUGUUGAAUGUACCAUUUGACUUAGCUACGAUCUCGAUGUACUGGGUUGACAACAUUGAUGGAUAUAUUCUGGGUAGCCUUAACACACUAUUGGAGUCAAUCACCAGUGCUAUCAGUCCUUUUAUAUAUCUCAUUGUUGGGUGUUGGAAGAAGCCGAAAAUGAAGAGCGCCUUUGAGUUUCUUGAAAUAGCUUUGUCAGGCAAAACAGCCAUGCUUGUAAAAACACAAACACAGACUUAAAAUUCAACAACUGUAUGCAUAGAAGAAAACUGAUGUGCAUUUCUCUGCUGUAAAAUAAAUUUGUUUACAAAUAUUGUA